CGCGGAAAAUAGAGAUAAUUUCAUUAUUAGUAGCUAGCAUUUUCUAAUAUUCUUUUUCAAAUAUCAAAUAAUAACAGUGAGGGUAUUCUGAAAUGAGUUGUUCGCACUGUCGCUGUAGCGAUAUUUAAGAGGUAAGAAGUGGUUGACAAACAGUGGAAGUGGUUUUGUUAUCCGAUCUAUUUGUUAUCGGAAAGUUGAUGGAUAUAUGUAUGUAGGAGAUAACUAUUGACUGCUUUCAAACGAGGACGUAUAAAGUGUCCAUAGUUUCGGAUUGAUAAACUAAACAUUUGCGGUAUGUAAAUUGAAAAAUCAUGUGAAAUAAUUUGGGAUAAUUUCAAAGUGAUUUUUGAGUGCUUUAUCUAAAACAUAUUUGUUUUACCUUUUAAUGUUCAGCAUAAGAUUAGAUUUUUCAUUGCUGAGUUAUUAAGUUUUGAAACAAAAUAGUGAUUUUAUAAGAAAUUGAAUAAAACAAUUGAAAUAGUUUCGGUUAUUAUUUUACAAUUAUAAUGAUGAUCAUUAAAACAAUCGGUAACUAGACGGAUUCUGAGAGAGUAAUUUAUAAACUGUAAAUUGUGUGUUUUUAAAUCGCUGAGGAAAAAAAAACAAAUUCUAUUUUAUUGUUAAUUAUAAAUGGCUCGCGGAUUUAUUACCAGAGUGUCAUAAAAUGCGUUAACAUUGAACUGAAAAUAUAUAUCGGCAUAAAAACAUACUGUGAAAGUUGAUACUACUAUUUAUGUGGCUGCAAUGACGUCCGCCGCUAACACGUCACUAAUAUUGGCUAAUUGCUAAAAUAUAAUAAUUAUUAUGUAAGUGAUACUGGCAACUUGGUAUAUACAUGUCAUAUAACCUUGGAAAAAAGAGCAUACGGGUUAUUCUAUAUCGACAAGUGAAACAAAAUACAUUACUAUCUGCUUUGAUGGAAUAUUAUACAAUCAUAUAGAAGUGGAAAGAGAGAUAUUUUCGUUAAAUGUUUAAUUUACUUUUGAGCAAUGAAAGGAUUUUAUUUAAUAAAUGGAUUUGAUGUCUAUUUUUGAAUUUAAACGGUUCUUAUUGGCAACUGAACUUUAAAAGGGAAUUGGUUUAUUAAAUUGCAAAGCGGAUAUAUACAUUGAAUACCAGGAUCUUGUUGAAAAUAGAAAUAUAUUGGCAAUAUGACUAAUAUUUAAAAGAAAUGCACAUUGAGAUUUUAACUGCAAUUAUUUCAACUAGAUAUUCUAUGUAAAAGCUUGUAACCUUAGUUUUAUAUUUGAUUUGAAUUUGAAAAGUAAAAUCUUGGAUUAAAAAAUCAUGGAUGCGCUGAAGGAAGUUAAGGAGUGGCUCUAUAAUAAAUUUCAAACUAUGUCUUCGAACAGUGCCGGUGAGGCGUCAAACUUUCGAGGUAUAACUGCUUUAACCCCUCAAAAUAUUCCAGAAUUUGUAAUACCCGGAUCUGAACAAUCUUCGCGGAGAACCAGCAGCGAAUGCUGCUCAGAGCUAGAUUUUACAUUUAAAAGAAAUAGUUACGGCGGAAGAAGUUAUGCAAGCUCUCCCCCGGGCAGUCCUCGGUGCCUUUCACCCUCAGAUUCCGCUCCAUGCAUACAUGCAAUGAAUAAUAACCAUUGUCGUUCCGCGCCAGUGACGCCUAAACAUGAAAUCAGACAAAUUAUCGGCUGCAGAGAGAUCCAUUCAACAUCCGGGCUAGAUCACGUGCCAGACGGAACUAAUGAUGAUCCUCUAUCAUUUGCAGCCAUAAGUCUUCCACACUUUCGCGUUAAAACAUCAUACGGCUUCACGACGCUUACAGAAAAUCCUCAUACGCGCAGAAAAGAAUCCUUAUUUCACAUGGGGAGUGAUAAUCUUCUACCAAAGCGAUAUUCUCCUAAAGCUUUUCGACAGAACUCGUUAAAUAAGAUAAACUUGGAAAGAACUUCACCCGAUCAUAAGACAUUAUCUCGUUCAACUUCUUGCAUAACAGCUCAUAGCGUUUACUGUAGAAGUAUGCCGUCGGUUGUAGUCACAGCUGCAAGGCAAAACAGUCGGACGAGGACGCCGUCACCAGACAUGGAGAAUGUCGGAGACCUUACACACAGGCGGCUGUCGCCAUCAUAUCAUUUAUACACAAACGAUGGUACUCUUAGAGGUCCUAUACAAUCCAAACAUAAUCGCUAUUAUAACAGGCGGCGCUCUUCUCUUGUUAUUCAAAAUGAAAAUGGCGCCGAUAGUUCUAGUCCGUCUGUUUCCGGUGGAUCAACUCCUUCCUGUGGUUCUGCCGAACAUCUAAAUGAUAAUCAAAGACGGAGCCUUGGAGACUUAAAUGUGCCUCGUCAACCAAGUCCUACAUUUAAAAGACAUUCAGCCCCUAACAUUACGUCAGAAAAUAAACAAAAAAUAGCCGAAAGUCAAAAACCACGCUCAAGUUCUUGUCACGUGAUACUGAAAUCUAAACCAGCGCCAACCAAUCAGCAUCACCUAUUUGCUCCGUUCGGAGAACUCAAAUUUAGUUUUCAAUAUCUAGCAGCUUCGAAACAACUGAAAGUUAGUCUGAUAAAAGCGGAAAAUCUAGGUGGCCAUCAAAAGCAAGAUAAAAAUAUUAAUGCCUAUGCCAAAGUAUGUCUUAUGCCCGGGAAAAUUCAAAAACAAACAAGUGUUGUCGUUAAAAAGACAAGAGACCCAGUGUUCGAUCAGGACAUGUACUUUCACAAUAUUUCUUUAGAAGAACUUCACAGUAUGGCGUUGACUAUCAAACUCUUUUCAAAAUCGGUCAAUUUCAAAUCACAUGAAUUUAUCGGUGAAGUGUAUAUACCAUUGGACAAUUAUGACGUCAUGGUUGAAAACCGGAUAUGGAAAGACUUAGAGUCGCACAAAGAUAGAGAGGAUCUGGGAUUUUUGUCAGUCGGACUGAAGUUCACCCCUGGACUUGGAAUCCUUACAGUCAAUAUUGAACAGGCCAGACAACUUCGCCUUCAUCCAAUUACUGGAUCACCAAAUCCAUACGUCCGUGUAGAAGUGUCAAAACCAGAUCGCUCUGUAAUCAAGCAUCAAACAAAUGUUCAGAAAAACGAGCCAAAUCCCUCGUUUGAGCAGUUGUUUACAUUCGAAGUUAGUCCCCAUGCAGACGACAUGUACGCCACUUCUGUAAACAUCUUAGUUUAUGAUCACGACAGAUUCCGCAGUGACGUUUUAAUCGGACAAGUUGUUCUAGGUUGCCUAGCAACCGAAGUUGGCCAAUAUGGCCAUUGGCAAGAAAUGCUAGAGAAUCCCAAUUUAAUGAUUUCAAAAUGGCACUAUCUAAUAGACCUUGAUGACUGAGGGCUGUUUAUUUUAGAAUCUACUUACAUUCAGCUCAAUUACCGUGUGAUUUACAAUUUAAAAGGAAGUUCGAGGCAAGGAACGCUCUUAACAAAAAUGGAAACAGUUGAUUUAAGGAUAGGCUUUGCUUCAAAGUUUCGCUACUUAAAAACUCAAAUUUGAAAUGUCUAGAAAUAUUUCUAGAAAUUCAGCUUUGUGUCAAAGGCGUUUUCGUUUUGAUUUGAAGGUAUAAUUUUUGAAAGUACGUAAAUUUAGUAAUCAGCUUUUAUGUUUAUUCAAAUAAUGAAAAGGAAUUAAUUGGCCUUUGUAUUGACUUCGUUUUCCUUUUACAUGCUUAUUUUAUAUUCAUGUACUGAUUUCCUUUAUCUUUCCAUAUUGCUAUCAGUUUUAAUAUUUCAUAAUGAAAUACAUUGUACUUUAAUUAUCUUUUUUUUAAUUUGAAUCAUACCUUAUUUCUUUUAAUUGACGUAAUGUAUUUUAUUACAUUU